AUGGCGAGCAAACUCCACUCAUACUCCUAUGGUGGCACCCUAGAGUCGCUCCUCCUUAACACCACCACUACCACCACCUUCUUUACCAAAGCCCAAAAGAGGUGGCGUAGAGCGUGUAUGGCUAUCUACUUCUCCCAAGUCAUGUUGUCUCUCCCUGCAGAGAUUCUUUUAAAGAGGAAAAAUUAUCACCACUUGUCGGAGAAAUUAAGCUCUUCUUCUCAUAAAAAGGGUAGUCCAGUGCACGAAACUCCCGUUACUGAGGAGUCUGAGAAGGGUCAAAUAUCCACAGUCUUACCUCCACAAGCAAAAAGGUUGUUUCCGCAAUGUGAAUCCUUAACGCCCAAAUCAAAUAACAUUGUUGCUACUGCUUCGCCAAGCUGCUCUUCUUAUACUGUUGUCAAUAUUGAACCAAUGAUUAGUUCCCACCAUGAUGGCGAUGAAACUGUGCACGAUGCUCACUUUACUGGCAUUGAGAAAACAAAGAUAGCAAAGAUGGUGAAGGACAAAACUUUGGACGAGCUUCGUGGAUUUGGAGGUGUCGAGGGCUUAGCCAAAGCUCUUAGAACUGACUCUGAGAAUGGAAUUCAUGAAAAUGAUGAUGAAAUCAACGAAAGACAUAGUGUAUUUGAUGCCACCCCGAAAGGGCUCAUUUACUUUGUGCUGGAGGCUUUCAAGGACACCAUCAUUCUCAUACUGCUGGUCUGUGCUGCUCUUUCACUUGGCUUUGGCAUUAAAGAGCACGGCUUGGAAGAAGGAUGGUACGAGGGUGGAAGUAUAAUUGUGGCGGUCUUUCUGGUGGUCGUAGUCUCUGCAGCUAGCAACUACAGACAGGAGAGACAAUUCGACAAACUGUCAAAAAUUAGCAACGACAUUAAAGUUCAUGCUGUGAGAGAUGGAAGGCGGCAAAAGAUCUCCAUCUUUGAUAUUGUAGUUGGAGAUGUGGUCUUCCUGACAAUAGGAGAUCAAAUUCCUGCAGAUGGCCUGUUCUUAGAAGGCCAUUCUUUCCAAGUGGACGAGUCGAGUAUGACAGGAGAGAGCGAACACGUGGAAGUAGACUCCCUGCAGAACCCAUUCUUGUUAUCAGGUUCAAAGGUGGGGAAUGGAUAUGCUCGGAUGCUCGUGAUAUCCGUGGGGAUGAACACUGCAUGGGGCGAGAUGAUGAGCUCAUUAACACGUGAUUCCAACGAACGAACGCCAUUGCAAGCUCGGCUAGACAAAUUGACCUCAUCCAUCGGAAAGAUUGGUCUUGCCGUUGCUUUUCUGGUUCUUGUGGUGAUGUUAAUUCGUUAUUUCACGGGAAACACAGAAGAUGAGUAUGGGAAUCAGGAGUACAAUGGAAGUAACACAGGAAUCAAUGACGUGUUCAAUUCUGUUCUUCGUAUUGUUGCUGCUGCAGUCACUAUUGUUGUGGUGGCAAUUCCUGAAGGUCUGCCGUUGGCUGUCACGCUAACACUGGCAUACUCCAUGAAGAGAAUGAUGGCUGAUCAGGCAAUGGUCAGAAAGCUUUCAGCUUGUGAGACCAUGGGCUCAGCCACCGUUAUUUGUACCGACAAAACUGGCACGCUGACAAUGAAUCAAAUGAAAGUGACCAAAUUUUGGCUCGGCCAAGAAGAAAUGGGAGAACAUUACUCUAGAGCAAUCGCCAAAGAUAUCAUUGCCUUGCUCCACCAAGGAGUCGGUCUAAACACUACAGGUAGCAUUUGCAAACCACUUUCGGGAAUUGUACCAGAGUUUUCUGGAAGUCCAACUGAAAAGGCAAUCCUUUCUUGGGCUGUCCUGCAACUCGGUAUGGAUAUUGAGAAAUUGAAGCAAAAUUCUACCAUUCUUCAUGUUGAGACCUUCAAUUCAGAGAAGAAACGAAGCGGGGUUUCCAUGAGGAAUAAAGCCAAUAACACCAUCCAUGUGCACUGGAAAGGAGCAGCCGAGAUGGUACUGGCAAGGUGUUCGAGUUACUAUCAAAGUAAUGGACAAAUGAAGCCAAUAAGUGAAGAAGGAAGGCAACAAUUUGAGAAUAUAAUCCAAGGAAUGGCAGCAAGUAGCCUCCGUUGCAUUGCUUUGGCUCAUAAGCAGAUUCUAGAGGAAGAAACACAAUGCAAUGAAGAUGGCAAAACAAACCGAAAGCUAGAAGAAGAUGGGUUGACCUUGCUAGGGAUAGUUGGUCUCAAGGAUCCAUGUAGACCAGGGGCAAAGAGAGCCAUUCAAGCUUGUAGAUCUGCAGGAGUGGAGAUCAAAAUGAUCACUGGAGACAACGUAUUCACAGCAAAAGCUAUAGCCAGAGAGUGUGGAAUUUUCACAGCCGAUCAACACCUGAACGAUGGAGAAGUGAUAGAAGGUGCCGAGUUCCGCAAUUACACACAUGAAGAGAGAAUGCAAAAGGUUGAUAAUAUCCGUGUGAUGGCAAGAUCCUCCCCCUUUGACAAGCUUAUGAUGGUGCAAUGCUUGAAACAGAAAGGUCAUGUGGUCGCAGUAACCGGAGAUGGAACGAAUGAUGCACCUGCAUUGAAAGAGGCUGAUAUAGGACUUUCCAUGGGAAUUCAAGGUACUGAGGUAGCCAAAGAGAGCUCUGAUAUCAUCAUCUUGGACGAUGAUUUCGCCUCUGUGGCCACAGUUUUGAGGUGGGGUCGAUGUGUUUAUAACAAUAUCCAGAAAUUCAUUCAAUUUCAACUGACUGUGAACGUUGCAGCUCUUGUAAUAAACUUUAUUGCAGCGGUUUCUGCCGGUGAAGUUCCCCUAACAACAGUUCAGUUGUUGUGGGUAAACCUCAUCAUGGAUACUUUAGGAGCUCUAGCACUUGCUACAGAGCGUCCCACUAAUGAGCUAAUGCACCGUCCACCCGUGGGUCGAACUGAACCCCUCAUAACAAACAUUAUGUGGAGAAACCUUUUGGCACAAGCUCUAUACCAGAUAGCCAUCCUCUUGACCUUACAGUUCAGGGGUAGGUCAAUAUUCAAUGUUACUGAUAAGGUGAAAAAUACUCUAAUCUUUAAUAUUUUUGUACUCUGCCAAGUUUUCAAUGAAUUCAACUCAAGGAAGUUGGAGAAAAAGAAUGUAUUCACAGGUAUUCAUAGAAACAGACUGUUUCUAGGGAUUGUGGGAGUAACAAUCGUUCUUCAGAUUGUAAUGGUGGAGUUCCUAAAGAAAUUUGCAGAUACAGAGAGGUUGAAUUGGUCACAAUGGCUAAUGUGUGUUGCGAUUGCAGCUUUAUCUUGGCCAAUUGCUUGGCUCAUCAAAUUCGUACCUGUAGGAAACAAACCACUCCUCAGCUACAUGCAAAGACUGAGAUUCAGAUAA